CCCAAUUUCCGGUUCCGGCCGUACCAGGAGCCGGGUCGAGAUGGGGGAAGAUGCGAGCGGAGGCCGGCGGUCGCCAGGCAUGGAGGCUAGAGUGGGAGCUGUGGCCUAGAGGUCCGGGCUUGGAGUUCGCCUCGGACGCGGCGGAACCGCCGUGAUCGGAGAAGGUCUUCAGGCACCAUGGAGGACAAACGCAACAUCCAGAUCAUCGAGUGGGAACACCUGGACAAGAAGAAGUUCUACGUGUUUGGUGUGGCGAUGACGAUGAUGAUCCGUGUCAGCGUCUACCCCUUUACCCUCAUCCGCACCCGGCUGCAGGUUCAGAAAGGCAAGAGCCUCUACCACGGGACUUUUGACGCCUUCAUCAAGAUCCUGCGAGCAGAUGGCGUGACUGGCCUCUACCGGGGGUUCCUGGUCAACACCUUCACCCUCAUCUCUGGCCAGUGCUAUGUCACCACGUACGAGCUCACCCGGAAGUUUGUCGCCGACUACAGCCAGAGCAACACGGUCAAAUCGCUGGUGGCCGGGGGCUCGGCCUCCCUGGUGGCCCAGAGCAUCACGGUGCCCAUUGACGUGGUGUCCCAGCACCUGAUGAUGCAGCGCAAGGGCGAGAGAAUGGGCCGCUUCCAAGUGCAAGGGAGCCUGGAGGGACGAGGGGUGGUUGCCUUCGGCCAGACCAAGGACAUCAUCAGACAGAUCUUGCGGGCUGAUGGGCUUCGAGGCUUCUACCGAGGCUACGUGGCUUCACUGCUUACCUACAUCCCAAAUAGCGCCGUCUGGUGGCCCUUCUAUCACUUCUAUGCAGAGCAGAUCUCGUACCUCUGUCCUAAGGAGUGCCCGCACAUUGUCUUUCAAGCCGUCUCGGGGCCCCUGGCCGCGGCCACCGCUUCCGUCCUGACCAAUCCCAUGGACGUCAUCCGAACCCGCGUGCAGGUUGAAGGCAAGAGCUCCAUCAUCCUGACCUUCAGACAGCUGAUGGCAGAAGAGGGGCCUUGGGGCCUCAUGAAGGGCCUCUCUGCCAGAAUCAUCUCAGCCACGCCCUCCAGCAUUGUCAUCGUGGUGGGCUAUGAGAGCCUCAAGAAACUCAGCCUCCGGCCUGAGCUGGUGGACUCAAGACACUGGUAACCGGUGGCAGGGCGAGAACCCUGCUGUUUCCCACACUACUUCGGGGCGGGGGUGGCGUGGGGAGGAUAGCACCCUCUCCAGGUGCCCCCGCCACACUCACAGCCCUGCCCGGGGCCAGGGGGCCUGUCUGGGACAGGGCAGAGACUCCGAACUGCUCUUGCUGAAGAGGCUCCACACCUGGACCCCCUGCCCCUGGUAUUUUUUAUUUUCUUGCCAAACUGGGCUCUCUGCUCAGUCCCGGUACUCCGUCCUGAUCCAAGGAACCCCCAUCCCCAGCGAUCCCACUCCCCCGUCCCCCGCGGAACCUUCUCCUGGCCUCCCCCGCCAUCUGUGCCCCUGAGGCCCUGACGAGAGCUGUACAGGGCGCUGGUUUCCUACUGCCGACCCUCCCCCCGGCCUCUCAGCCCUGAUUCCCAGCAGCUGUCGUCAGCCCUCUCCUGCUUCGUCUCGUAGGCUUGCUUCUUUUUGCUUUGGGACUGAGCCGCCACCCGACUGUUCCGUUUUCCCUGCCACUGGGGGCCAGGUGCCAGGUACUUCUGCACAGGGAGCAGGAGCAGCGAAAACCUCUGGUUCUCCAGAGCACGUGUCCUCUCUUCGGAGAGUUAUUAGGUUGGGGACAAAUGUCGAUACUUUAUUUUGUGUGUGUAUUUUUUUUUUAACAUCUGUGAACUAGGUACUGUCAGUCCUGCUGAAGCGCCAAUCCUGCAGUCAGAGCCCACCCCUUCCUCAGGUGGAAAACGUAGCUUUCCCUCAGUCCCAGUUACCCACCCCACGUUCCUUCAGAACCAGCAGCCCCAGGACAUGCGACCUGUGGGCUCCCUCGGCCAGGUGACUGCAGGGGCGGGCCCAGUCCUGAGUAGAUCAGGCCGUCCGGGCUGGACUGGGAGAACUACCCUGCAAAGCGAGGUGGAGAGAACAGGUUGGCAAGUGAGGACAGGGCGCGUGUGCCUGUGCCCCGGCGCAUGUCCCCAGGCCGACCGGGUGAGGCCUAGGAGAGGGCGGUCAUGACUUGCGUGUCCGUACCCGUCACCGGAACUCACAGAAACAGAGGUGUCCCAACGGGAAUCUCUGAGACGUGGGACUGGUUGUGGUUUUCUCCUCCUCCACGUGAAGAGUCAUCCCAGUCGUGGCUCUCCCGAGGGGUGCCUGGGGGAGAGUAAGGAGCAGGUCAGGAAGUCCCCCGAUACCAGGACCACUGCGUCCACCAGCCCGAUACUGCCGAGACUCUGUUGAGGCUCUUCAGGGGCGGACAGCGUGUCGUGGGCAGACAGGUGCAGCCCCCAAGCGAGGAGAAGGCAGGGGAGACCCUGCCCUUGUACUUGAGACGGCUGGAGGGAUGACCCUGCACACCUCUUUUGGGUCCCGCCCCUGGGAAAGGCCCUGGUGCCCUUCUGAAAGGUGCUAGCUCCCUGAAGCCUCGCUGCUUCUCACGGCUGCCCUACAUUGUCGCCCAGGUCAGAGCCCGGAGGCCCCCUUCCUACGUGCACCGCCACCAGCGCCCAUCCGUCUCUUACCCCCCAGGGUUAUUUCCCCUUUCACCUCUCUCCACUUUUGUUUGUCCUUCUUUCCCUUUGUCGGGAGUCUCCCAGUUUCUAUCCACAGACGGUCACCCCAAGGGUCCUCAGAUGACCCUCAACCGCCCUGCCCCGCAGUCACCCAUUUAUCCCCAAGAACCACCAACGCAAUGGAGGCCGGGGACCCCUCGUCUCUUUGAGCCCAUCCUAGUGAGGCCCUUGUGGCUCCGCUCAGCGCCCCACCUUCUCCCCAGUGGCCCGUCUGCGGGCGGCCCUGCCCCCCUGCCCCCUUCCCGCCCUCGGAUCUGCCCGCCGGUCUCCCGCCCGCUCCCUCACACGGACAUGUACACACACGCACAACUGACCUUCACUCACGCACACACACAACACACACACACACUGACAUUCACACGCACGGUCUCGUACACACCGACAUAUGCGCGCGCGCGCGUUGUGAAAGGACGCGCAUCUGGUGGAAGGGACCUCGGCCGUGACCUUCCCAUCGAAGAGCCCAGGGGCCGUGGCCGGCCGGCCGCACCCGCUGGUCCCCGGCGGGCUGGUCGGCAGCCCGAAGUGGAAGGGGCGGGAACGCGCGCGCAGUGGGCCCAAGAUACGGGCAUUAAGAUCGGACACUCCCUGUUGCACUGUACAAGGUCUCUGAACUGUAAUUAAAAGUUUUUGUCGAGCCCCUCA